AUGAAGUUUCCCGAAGGUUUAAGAGUUCUCGCCGUAGAUGACAAUGUUGAUUGCUUGAAACUACUGUGUACGGAUCUUCAUACAUGCAAAUAUAAAGUUACUGCAACAAUGGAAGCAACUAAAGCUCUUGAACUAUUGAGGAAGAAUAAAGAUGAAUUUGACAUUCUCAUUACUCAAACCAAACAUAUGGUUGAUUUUGAGUUCUUGAAGAUCAUAACACUUGAAAUUGGCAUUCCGAUCAUAGUUAUAUCUGAAAACGACAACAAAGAUAUGGUAUUAAAAGGUGUGAUAAAUGGAGCUCGAGACUACCUUGUAAAGCCUGUUCGUAUAGAGGUUCUUAGAAACAUUUGGCAACAUGUUCUCAGGAAGAAAUUGUUCGAUCCUCCUAGAUCGACGACUUUCAUGAAUCCUAAAACUCCCAUGAUAAGAGAAAGGGAAAACAAAAUUGAAGAAAAAGAGUGUGCUCCAAAGAAACCUAGGGUCUCAUGGUCGAAACCUUUACAAGACAAAUUUUCUGAUGUUGUUGAUAAACUCGGUUCAAAAGCGGUUCCGAAUAAAAUAUUGGAAAUGAUGAAUGAACCUCAACUUAAUCGCGGCCACAUUGCUAGUCAUUUACAGAAUUACAAAAAUGGAUUAAAGAAAGGAAAGAUUCCAACCACGAGGACCAUGGCAUCUCCCACAUCUACAAAUAUUCAAAAACCUAUGGCAUCUACUUCUGUUAUGACACCUAGUACUUGUAUGUGGAAUAGAUUCAACAUGACAAACGUUCAUUCCGUUCCAAAUAAUACAGUAUUUUGUACCGGUCCGACCAAUAAUCAUUUUAUUGGACUUCAACCAUAUCUACCUCCUCCAAAAUCUUUUGGUGUUGCUGAUAUUCCUUUUCAAUUGCCUCCAACCAAUGACCAAAACUCAAUUGUAGCAAUGUCUCUGCCUAUAUCAAAUUUAGGUCAAAAUGAAGACAAUGGGAUUAAAUUCAAUCCCUCGCAAAAGGAUUUGUCAACAAUUGUUGAGAAUCCAUUACAUAUGGAAAGUCGUAUUUAUGAUGAAAAUCAAUGGACCAAUAAUGGUUAUAUGAGGCACAUAGAAGAAGAGCUGGAAAAGAACAUCGAUGAUAACUCUUUCGAUGAGGAUCUUAUUAGUUUAAUGAUGAAAGAGUUAAGCGAACCAGACUAUCUAACUUUUUGA